AUGCAUGGAGAGGUUGAGGUUGCAAAUAAAAACAUCAAGAGGAUACUGCGCAAGAUGAUCGAUAAUUAUAAACAUUGGCAUGAAAAGCUACCAUUUGCUUUGUUGGGGUAUCGUACUACCAUCAGAACUUCUACCGGGGCUACAUUUUAUUUUCUGGUAUAUGGUAAGGAAGUUGUGAUACCUGCUGAAGUAGAGAUACCAUCUCUGAGAAUUAUUCAAGAGGGAGAGCUAAGCAAUGCUAAAUGGGUGCAAAUGCUGUCAGAGAAUUUGGCAUUAAUUGACGGAAGAGGGAUUAACACCGUCUGUCAUGGUCAACUCUAUCAAAAUAGAAUGGUCAGAGCUUUUAACAAGAAGGUCAGACCUAGAUAUUUCUCACCCGAGCAAUUGGUUUUGAAGCGGAUCUUCCCAAAUCAAGAUGAAACAAAGGGUGUUGAUAGGUGGAGCACUCAUAUUGGCAUAAAUGGAUGA